AUGCGUAAGGAUAAGUGUUCCUUCAGGAAGUCGGAAGUAUCGUACCUGGGACACAAGAUCACCAGCGACGGACUUCAUCCGCUGGAGAAGAAACUGGAAGCGGUGAUGAAGGCACCAAGCCCGAAGAACGUGAUGCUGUACAAAGACAAUCAGCUGCUGCUAACAUGUGCAUCCAGAGAUUCCAUGGUGCUAGCGGGAAAAACGUACAUACCCCCGGCAUACAUGGCCUUCGCGCCGAGCGGCACAGGCAUGGGGCCUCCAGUAUAUGUAAACUACGGCAGACUACAAGACUUCAACUACUUCCGAGAUACGGACCUGCAUGGCAAGGUUAUUGUAGUACGGUCUGGAAAGAUAACCGGUGGAGAAAAGGUGCGCAACGCCGAGCGGGUAGGCGCUGCGGCCGUGGUGGUCUUCCCGGACGCCAGCGACCUGGCGCCGCGAGGUGACACCCAGCCUUUCCCCGAUUCGAUCUGGAUCGGCGGCAGCGCCAUCCAGAGGGGAAGUGCCGCGUACAUGCGGGGGGACCCCCUGACACCUGGCUACCCUGCCGUCGAGUCGCUCUAUCGCCCUAUGAUUGACGAUGCCGAGCUGGCGCGGACUGUUGCACAGCCGAUCAGCUACGAUGAUGCAAGAAGCAUUCUGAAGGAAAUGGACGGGACGGCGUGCCCCGACAACUGGGACCCCAUGCUCGGAAUACCAUGCUUCGUCAACGCUACGUCAGCACUCCAAUUGCAGGUGGAGGUACACAACGAGAUGAUCUUCCGGCCCAUCGUCAAUGUUAUUGGCAUCAUCAGAGGCAAAGUGGAACCAGAUCGGUUCGUGAUGAUAGGCAGCCAGACGCACGAUGACACUCUCGGCUCUGCGCACCCGCUUCUGUCGGUGAGCGAGGUGCUGGUGCAGAGCAAGGUGUUCUGCCACAUGCACAAGAGCCACCGCUGGACCCCCCGGCGAAGCCUCAUGUUCGCGCUCUUCUACAGCGAGGAGGGCAGCCUCAUGGGCUCCACCGAGUGGGUCGAGGACCACAUGUCCGUGCUGCAGAACAGCGGCGUCCUCUACAUCACUGGCGGCUUGCUUAGCGGAGACAAGUUCACACCGCGGGCCACGCCUGGUCUAUCGUGGUCACUGCGCCAUGUUGCCGAACUGGUGAAAGCCAACGACACAACCACUCUGCUUGGCGAAUGGGAGCAGGACAAAGCCGCAUCAGCUAGCGUGGCUGAAGCGAUGCCACCAAUGGGACUUUCGGAUGAAGCAGCGUUCACAUUUGAGGCUGGAGUUCCGUCUGUUUUCUUCCAAUUUAUGCACCGGCACGCGGCAGACAGCUUGUACCCGGCCCAGGGAACAGCCUACGACUCGUACAUGCUGGUGGAACGGUUGGUGGACCCCAGGUUUCGCAUGAGUCGCAUGCAGGCGCAGGCGUCUGCACUGUUGGCUCGUCUCUGGGCUGACCGCACGUUCCUCCCGAUGGAUGUACUCGAGCUGGCCGAGUGGAUCAGUUCCCGUGCCAAGAACUUCACCAACUUCCACAAGACGGUCAUCGAUGCACACCAGUUGAAGCUCGGGCCUAUCCACCAAGCCGCAGAUCAGUUUGUCGAUGCUGGGCGCGUGUUCAUGAACUGGACUCAGAAACUCAGACAAGAUCACCCCAUGUACGCGCGCAUCUACAACGACAUCGUUAUCCAGCUCCCGAAGGUCUUCAUCACACCUCGCGGUAUCCCCACUCGACACAUCUCGCACAAGAACCUGCUGUACUCGCCAGGGGGCCUCCCCUUCCCCGGCCUCCAGGACCUCAUCCGGCAGCGGCCCAUCGACGAGGAUGCCUUCGGUCACAUGGUGGCACUCAUCACCGAGAGCAUCGUCCAGGCUUCGGAACUCCUCCACUUUUCGCCCAUUGCGUGAUAA